UUUUGGCCCACCACCAUUUGUAAGCGAACGUUCAACAUUUCGAUUCAGUUGAUUUUUUCCAGUCAAACAAAGCAGAGGUGCUAAAAUAAUUGGAUACAUUUAACAAGUCACUUUGUUCCAACUUGAAAUAUUUACCAAGUGCCUGAAAUCUACGAUUAUCUAUCCCUCAGUACAGGGCAUAUACACAAACAAAUAGUUUACUUGUGUAAUUGCAAACAAUAAACAAAGACAAACAAUAUGUCUCAAAAGCGUGUCUCAGUGUCUACGCGAAUUUCUCGCGCCUCGACUUCCACACCAGUGGGUGGGCAGUCAGGACGUUUAGGGGCCACGAGCCCGGGCGCCACUAGUCCUACGCGCACAACUCGCAUACAGGAGAAGGAAGAACUACAACAUUUAAACGAUCGCCUAGCCUGCUACAUAGAUCGUAUGCGUAACCUGGAGAAUGACAAUAAUCGAUUAACGCAGGAACUGCAAAUCGCCCAAGACACGGUCAAUCGCGAGGUGUCCAAUAUUAAAGCCAUGUAUGAGAAAGAACUGGCAGCAGCACGUAAGCUUUUGGAUGAAACUUCCAAAGAAAAGGCUAAACUAGAAAUUGACAUCAAGCGAUUAUGGGAGGAAAAUGAUGACCUCAAACAAAGGCUAGAUAAAAAAACAAAGGAAUGCGCGAUCGCUGAGAAUAGUGCGCGUGUAUAUGAAUCUCGCUACAAUGAAGUUAACGGUAAGUACAACCAGGCUUUGGCUGAUCGCAAGAAGGCCGAAGAUCAAGCUAAAGACCUCCUAAUUGAAAACGAAAGGCUGCGUAAGCAACUUGAAGAUCUCCGCAAACAGUUUGAAGCUGAAACGUUGGCUCGAGUUGAUUUGGAGAAUCAGAACCAAAGCCUUCGCGAGGAGCUUAGUUUCAAAGAUCAAGUUCACAGUCGUGAACUGACCGAAACACGCUCGCGUCGUCAAAUUGAAAUCAGUGAAAUCGACGGCCGUUUAUCCAAGCAGUAUGAAGCAAAACUACAACAAUCCCUUCAGGAGUUGCGCGACCAAUAUGAAGCCCAAAUGCGCGCUAAUCGCGAAGAAAUUGAAUUGCUGUACGACAAUGAAAUCAAAAAUCUGCAAGCAGCUGCAAAUAGAGCAGCCAACUCCUCGGCACACGCAACUGAAGAAGUUCGCCUUAUGCGCACGAAAAUUGACGGACUUAAUGCUAAGAUUCAAGAUCUGGAGAAUACCAAUGCAGGCUUAAAUGCGCGCAUACGUGAACUAGAAAACCUACUAGACAGUGAGCGUGCUCGCCAUAAUCAAUAUAUAUCUUCACUGGAGGCCGAGCUGCAACGCAUGCGCGACGAAAUGGCACAACAAUUGCAAGAGUAUCGUGAUUUAAUGGACAUUAAAGUCUCGCUGGAUCUCGAAAUUGCCGCUUAUGACAAACUUUUGUGCGGAGAGGAGCGCCGUUUAAACAUUUCAUCGCCCAAUCGUCCAGGAACUAGCACAAACACCGACUCAGGAUACUCAAAUGGUACUCAUUUAUCUGUUAGCUCUACCUCACGUUCAGGACGUGUCACACCCAGCGGUCGCCGUUCGGCAACACCGGGCGCUGGUGGCAGCGCUAGUGCAGUCAAACGUCGCCGCACAGUUAUAGAUGAAUCAGAAGAUCGCAAUUUGUCCGAAUAUUCUGUUAAUUCAGCCGCUAAAGGCGAUUUGCAAAUAGUCGACGCCGAUAGUGAAGGACGUUACAUUAAAUUGCACAAUAAAGGCACCGAUGAAAUCCAUUUAACCGGAUGGCAGCUAACUCGCAUCGCCGGCGAUGAGGAAUUGGCUUUCAAAUUUUCGCGAGGAGCGAAAAUUAAUGCUGGUGCUACAGUCACAAUUUGGUCAGUGGAUGCUGGCACUGCACAUGAUCCACCACAAAAUCUGGUAAUGAAGAAGAAAUGGCCAGUUGCUGAUUCAAUGCGCAGCGUUCUGGCUAACGCUGACAAAGAGGUGAGAAUCUUGUCGAUUUACAACACCUGUAGCAUGUGUCACAUCUGCAGCCACUGUCAACACUUAGAGUUUCUGAUCGACCAGAUGUUGCCAGCUACGACCGUGUUCGUUCAAACCUUUCCAGUCACGCGUCCAGACAUCGCACAUCAGGCAGCGGUUUCACACUCGGCUCAGGAGUCGGAUCCACUGGCGUAAGAAGCCUAUUCUCACUACUUUUCUAAAAGUGCAACUAUGAAAAUAUCUUAAAACCCAGCAGGUGUUACAGAUAAAUAUAUCUACACUAAUAUAUGCAUAGUAUAUAUGUAUGUAUGUAUCUAUUAAGGGUAAACUAGCACAAACAAAGUUAAUUAAACUUUUAAGUUUUUUAUGUGCAUUUAAACAUAUCCUAAACUUUAAGCCAAGACUUUGUAAGGAAUUUAAGUUCAGCACAACACUAAUGCAGUUUCAAAAGUUCUAUUUCCACUACCAGUGCGAGGCUUAACGUUAAAUACAAGUUAUAAACUCAGAGCUACUUAAAUAUGUCUACUAGGGCAUCCUAUACGUUUUCACCAAAUCUAAUGUACAAAACUAAAUGUAAUUUACAACUUAAAUUUACAUUAAAUAUGCAUUUAAAUAUGGUCAA